AGAUCGCCGAGGCUUCCUCCCCCCUCCUCUCCGCCACCCGCUUCCGUUCCAUAAAAAUACUCCCGCCUUUCUGUAGCCCACCCACUGCGCCACUGUUCGUGACCUUUUACAGUGCCGCCCUAGCCCCGCUGACGCCUACUCCGUUUGGUAAAAACGCCGUUGCUCAGGUGGAGUUAUCGCUUGGGUACUGGAACAAGGAAGGAUUUUAAUGCCGGAGGGCGUCGUCGCCGCGAACCCUUUUUCGUGCGCGCUGCGGCUGUCGCGUCAAUGCCGACCUCUCCCUUUUAUGGCGCGCGGAGCUCGAAUGCCUCGCUCCCUGUCCCGGUGGUGAUCGGGCCGCGCUCGUGCCGUCGUGUCCGCAUUGACGCAUGCUAGCUAAAUCUUGGCUUUCUUCUUCUACUAUCUCUGCCCGCUGGUACUUCCCGCUGGACGGCGGAUCGAGCUUCCUGCCUGGAUUCUUGAUCGCGUGCCGCCUGCUUUGUCUUGUUGCGUGAGUGCGGCUCCCGGCGGCCACGUCCGGCGGGAUGCUCGAGGUUUUGGAGGUGCCGUGGACGGUGGUCGGUGGUAAGGCGGCUGGCGGGUGCCCGGGGCCGCCGCGGAGACAGGCGCUGCAAAGCAGCUUGGCGCACCCCAAGGCGGCCACGCGGUCGCCGGGGGCGGGAUGCAAGAAGUGCAAUUCCGGUGCGAGCGGCCCGCGGCGCAACGGCGCGCGGGCGCGGAGCAAGGAGGAGGCGGUGGUGCCUGCCGCGUGCACUGGCGUUGUCGCCGUCGCGCCAGCGGAGCCGCCGCCGGUGUCGAGCAAGGGGCUCGAGCUCUGCCGCCGUCCGGGGUUCGGGAGGGCGGGCACGCGCUGCGUGGUGAAGGCCAACCAUUUCCUCGCGGAGGUCGCCGACAAGGACCUCCCCCAGUACGACGUCAAGAUCACGCCGGAGGUGAGGUCGCGGAGCGUGAGCCGGGCCAUCGUGGCCGAGCUGGUUCGCCUCUACCGCGCGUCCGACCUCGGCAUGCGCCUCCCGGCCUACGACGGCCGCAGCAACCUCUACACCGCCGGCCGCCUCCCCUUCGACGCCCGAGAGUUCGUCAUACGCCUCGCCGUCGACGACGACGGCGUCUCCAGCGCCACCGUCCGGUACACACAAUCGGCCGAUCCGGAGAAGGAGUACAAGGUGGCCAUCAAAUUCGCUGCCGGCGCCGACCUGCGCCACCUCCGGGAGUUCAUGGCGGGGCGGCAACCCGAUGAGCCGCAGGGGGGCCUACAGGUCCUCGACGUCGUGCUGCGGGAAGUCGCUAGCCAGAGGUACCUCUCCGUAAGGCGGUCGUUCUACUCGCCGGACAUUAGGACGCCGCAGAGGCUCGGCGAUGGCUUGCAGUCGUGGUUCGGCUUCUACCAGAGCAUCCGGCCGACCCAAAUGGGAUUGUCACUCAACAUCGACAUGUCGUCCACGGCAUUUGUCGAGCCGCUGCCGGUGAUCGAUUUUGCGGCGCAGAUCCUGGGGAAGGAUGUCAUGUCAAGGCCGUUGUCGGACGCGAACCGAGUCAGGAUAAAGAAAGCUCUACACGAUUUGAAGGUCGAAAUCACUCACCGGGGAAGUUUAAGACGGAAAUACCGUGUCUUCGGCUUGACAGCGCAACCAACUCAUGAGCUAAUUUUCCCAAUUGACGAUGAAGUGAAAUCGGUUGUAGAGUACUUCAAGGAAAUGUAUGGUUUCACCAUAAAGCAACCACAUCUUCCCUGCCUUCUUGUAGGAAACCAAAAGAAGCCAAAUUAUCUACCAAUGGAGGUCUGCAAGAUUGUUGAAGGUCAGAGAUACAAGAAGAGGUUGAAUGAAAAGCAGAUCACAUCAUUACUGAAAGUUACAUGCCAAAGGCCUGGAGACAAGGAAAUGGAUAUUCGACGGACCGUUCACAAAAAUGGAUAUGAUCAAGAUCCCUAUGCGAAGGAAUUUGGGAUAAACAUAAGCGACAAACUCACCUCUAUUGAAGCAAGAGUUCUGCCUGCACCCUGGCUAAAAUAUCAUGAUACCGGAAAAGAGUCAGAGUGCUUACCUCGUGUUGGCCAAUGGGACAUGAAAAACAAGAAAGUUGUCAAUGGAUGCACUGUGAAUCAUUGGGCAUCCAUUAACUUCUCAAGAAGUGUUCAAGAAAGCACUGCCAGUGGAUUUUGCCAGGAGUUAGCCCAAACGUGUAAACUUUUAGGCAUGGAGUUCAACAGCGAGCCUGCUAUACCAAUGUAUUCGGCUAGACCAGAGCAAGCAGUACAGGCGCUUAAGCAUGUGUAUAACGCUGCACUGAAAAAACCCAAGGGAAAGGAGCUUGAGCUUCUUUUGGUAAUCCUCCCUGACAACAAUGGUGCAUUGUAUGGUGACAUAAAGCGCAUUUGUGAGACCGAAUUGGGAAUAAUGUCACAGUGCUGCUUAGCAAAGCAUGUAUUUAAGAUCUGCAAACGAUACCUGGCGAAUGUCUCACUCAAAAUCAAUGUUAAGAUGGGGGGAAGAAAUACCGUACUCUUGGACGCGGUAAGUCGGAGAAUCCCAUUGGUCAGUGAUGUACCGACAAUAAUAUUUGGUGCGGAUGUAACGCAUCCUGAAACCAGAGAGGACACCAGUCCAUCAAUUGCUGCGGUUGUUGCUUCUCAAGACUGGCCAGAAGUUACAAAGUACGCUGGAUUGGUGUGCGCUCAAGCUUAUCGGCAAGAGCUCAUCCAGGAUCUCUACAAAACAUGGCAUGAUCCUCAGCGAGGCACUGUCACCGGAGGCAUGAUCAGGGAGCUUUUAAUUUCCUUCAGGAAAGCCACAGGGCAGAAACCAUUGAGAAUAAUCUUCUACAGGGACGGUGUCAGCGCAGGACAGUUCCAUCAAGUAUUACUUUACGAGUUAGAUGCUAUCCGCAAGGCUUGUGCAUCUUUAGAACCAAAUUACCAACCUCCAGUGACGUUUGUGAUAGUCCAAAAGCGUCACCAUACAAAACUAUUUGCAAACAACCACAAUGAUAAAAGCAGCACCGACAAGAGCGGAAAUAUCCUGCCUGGCACCGUUGUUGAUUCAAAGAUAUGCCAUCCCACACAGUUUGAUUUCUACCUCUGCAGCCAUGCUGGAAUCCAGGGCACCAGUAAGCCAGCACAUUAUCAUGUUCUGUGGGACGAGAACAAUUUCAUGGCGGAUGAAAUGCAGACUUUGACGAACAACCUUUGCUACACGUAUGCGCGUUGCACACGAUCUGUUUCUGUCGUGCCGCCUGUUUACUACGCUCAUCUAGCCGCAUUCCGGGCACGUUUCUACAUGGACCAAGAUAGCCUCUCGGUGAAGAAUGCCAACGGGAGGAAUGGAGGCGCCAUGAAGACUAUGCCGGCAGUGAAAGAGAGGGUGAAGAGGGUGAUGUUCUACUGCUGACAAGGGGAAAAGAGUAGCACCCAGGCAUGCUAUAUACUCCAGCUAACACUAGGAGUUAGAGGUUUAGAUUAGAUAUAUGUAGGGCGGGAAGAGUGAAGAACUAGGUAUCUUGUCCUGUAAAAACUUGGCCGAUGUUUUAUUGAGGGCGAAAAAAAUCCUGCGUAAUAUAUAGCUUAUAUAUUGACAAAGUCAAGUCUGGAAAAUGUGCACAAAUAUGCUUCUUAAGGGCACUCCUUUCUUCAA